UAGUGGUACAAGUUGAAGGGUUAAAAUGGAGUUUACCCCUUUUCUUUUAAUGUUAUUUUUUUUCAAAAAUUGGAGUACAUUAGCCCCGUUAUUCGUCGAACAGUCCAGACGACACUUGCUCGAAACUACUUCCAAAAUCUCACAACCCAUUUUCCGGGUUAGGGUUUUAGCCGCAGAGAUGCAGCAACCACCGCAGAUGAUACCCGUGAUGCCUUCAUUUCCACCAACGAACAUCACAACCGAGCAAAUUCAAAAGUACCUCGAUGAGAACAAGAAAUUGAUUUUGGCAAUACUGGAUAAUCAGAACCUCGGAAAACUUGCUGAAUGCGCCCAGUACCAGGCUCUGCUUCAAAAGAAUUUGAUGUAUUUAGCUGCAAUUGCUGAUGCCCAGCCACAAGGACCAGUGAUGCCUACUGCUCAGAUGGCUCCACAUCCUGCAAUGCAACAAGGAGGCUUUUACAUGCAGCAUCCUCAGGCGGCAACAAUGGCUCAGCAACCAGGUAUUUUCCCUGCAAAGGGGCCCUUACAGUUUAAUAACCCACAUCAAAUGCAGGAUAAGCAACAGCAGCAGCUGCAGCUGCAACUACAGCAGCAACAAGCAUUCCAAGGGCAAAUGGGUUUGAGACCUGGAGGGCCCAACAACGGUCUGCACCCUGUUCACAGUGAGACCACGCUUGGAGGUGGCAGCAGUAGUGUCCCCCCUUCAGCUUCAGCUGCAGCUCCGAGUGAUGUACGUGCAGGAAGCGAGCAAGAUGCCCCUGAGACAGGGACCACUGGAACUGAUGGGCGGAGCAGCUCCACUGCUGGACCUGGCGGUGGUGAUGGAGAAUAGUUCUAUAUGAAGGGUUUGGAGGAAACAAUGUGACCUGGCUUCAUGUGGGUGCAAAUUGCCUUUGAUGGCCUUACAGUAGAAAUUGUAUGUCUGGUGAUCUUUGUCAUAAUGAACAUGUAGAAGUUUUAGUUUUUACAGAACAGGUAGGCUUGUUGUGCAAUUAGAAUCUGGUAUCGAUGAAAUUCUAGCGGCUGGCGUAGACAAAGACGAUUUUCCGUAGCGAUGAAGGGUUGGUGAUUUUCCUUUUUAAUUUAGCUGUUGUGUUGUAGCUGAAGAAGGAAAGCAAGCUUGUGGUCUCAAACUUCUGUCUUCUGUAUUAAAUUUCAGGCAGUGUGUGGACUAUGGGAUGUUUUGAAGAAGCUGAUCCUCACAAAUUUUUAGUGUUGGUCAUGGUCUGUUAGGCUUGACGUGUGGUAUGUAGAUUCGUAGAAUGACUGAAUGAGCCUCUGUGUAUCAUAAAUGAUACCUUUUUUUUUUUUUUUUGUUUUUGUAAUGGGUGAAAUUGUGUGUUGUUGUGCCGUUAUACUGGCUAGCUUUUUCCCGGUGGACCUUGAAACUUAAAUGGUUUGGGGGCAUUUGUAUGUUUGGAAAAUUGAAUUCAACAAUCCAAUUGAGUACUUGAAAUUUAACAAA